GCGGCGGACCCGGAGCCGGCGAGUGCGCCCGGGAAAUCGGCCUGCGCGGCGCAGUGAUCCAGGCCCAGCUCGCCCCAGCCGGCCUUUGGGGGAGCCGCGGGAGGCUCUCGCGGGAGGGUCGACCGGGCCAGGGUCCCGGGAACUCGCAGAAGCCGGCCGCGCUCCAGCCCGCCCGAAACCCAUGCUCCAGGGCUGGCCCGAGCUGCGGCUGGAGUGGGGGUCCGGCUCUGCAUGGCCCCGGCUGCUGCUAUGACUUCUUUGCCACUCGGUGUCAAAGUGGAGGACUCUGCCUUUGGCAAGCCUACAGGGGGAGGCGCUGGUCAGGCCCCCAGCUCUGCUGCGGCCACGGCGACCGCCAUGGGCACAGAUGAAGAGGGGGCCAAGCCCAAAGUGCCCGCUUCGCUCCUGCCCUUCAGCGUGGAGGCCCUCAUGGCUGAUCACAGGAAGCCCGGGGCCAAGGAGAGCGUCUUGGUGGCCUCUGAGGGGGCUCAGGCAGCGGGUGGCUCGUUGCAGCACUUGGGCACCCGGCCCGGAUCGCUGGGCGCCCCGGACGCGCCCUCCUCGCCGCGGCCUCUCGGCCAUUUCUCAGUCGGGGGACUUCUCAAGCUACCAGAAGAUGCUCUGGUGAAGGCCGAGAGCCCCGAGAAGCCAGACCGGACCCCAUGGAUGCAGAGUCCCCGCUUCUCCCCGCCCCCAACCAGUCCCCUAGGGAGACUGAGUCCCCCGGCCUGCACCCUACGAAAGCACAAGACCAACCGCAAGCCGAGAACGCCCUUCACCACCGCGCAGCUGCUGGCUCUGGAGCGCAAGUUCCGCCAGAAGCAAUAUCUGUCCAUCGCCGAGCGUGCCGAGUUCUCCAGCUCGCUCAGCCUCACCGAGACACAGGUGAAGAUCUGGUUCCAGAACCGUCGCGCCAAGGCCAAGAGACUGCAGGAGGCCGAGUUAGAGAAGCUGAAGAUGGCCGCGAAGCCCAUGCUGCCGCCUGCCGCCUUUGGCCUCUCCUUCCCUCUCGGCGGCCCUGCAGCCGUGGCGGCGGCCGCGGGCGCCUCGCUCUACAGUGCGUCUGGCCCUUUCCAGCGCGCUGCGCUGCCCGUGGCGCCCGUGGGACUCUACACGGCCCAUGUAGGCUACAGCAUGUACCACCUGACAUAGGUGGGUCCAGAGUCGCCUCCCUGUGGUGCCACUACCCCACCCCCUAGCCACCUCUUCUAGCAGCUGGAAUCCUUCCUAGGAAGCCCCACACCGCCCGGUCCCUUCUCUUAAGCCCCCUUACUACAGUUCUUUCAUCCAGUUCCUCCGAGUCUGAUCCCAUCUGGGGGAAAAAAAGUGGCUGGAAGGAUCUGGAUUCUUGGAGAGAGUCUAGAUUUACACCCGCGAGUUAUAGAUGUGGAAAUUAAGGGCACCGAGACCAAGAGAUUUAUUCGUGGUCCCCAGCAGAAUUAGAGGCUGAAGGAGACUAGAGGCCAUGACUGCAUCAGCUGCUUCCGGUCCUGGAACCAGGCAGGACUUGCGCAGAGAAAUUGCUGUUUGGUGCUUCGGGAAAUGAACACAGUCCUAUGUAGAAAGCCAGGAGCACAGCUCCUUGCACUGUCAGACUCCAAGAGCUUUAGCAACAAGGCAUUGCUCUGAGAGGGCAGGGCCCGCGCUGGUGCUUUACCAAGGUAGGUGGAAGAGAAUUUCCCAGGACCAGGAAAAAAAAAAGUAAAAAAAAAAAAAAACCAACCUGUUCCUAUUUAACAGUACAUUUUCGUGGCUCUCAAACAUCCCUUUUGAAGGGAUUGUGUGUACUAUGUAAUAUACUGUAUAUUUGAAAUUUUAUUAUCAUUUAUAUUAUAGCUAUAUUUGUUAAAUAAAUUAAUUUUAAGGUACAAGA